ACUGCUAAGCUGCAGAUGUUUGGCAGCUGCAGACAGAGGAAGUGCCUAAGAGGGGAGUGAGAUUUGCUGGGCAGAAGAAGGCACUAGAGGAGACAGGAGCUGCGGAGGACCUAGUGAUAUAACAUGCCUCUUCCACCACCCCCUUCCUCACCUCCACCCCCGUGUCCAGCAUCUAGAGAAUCUCUGAGCCUGAACAGGCCCUUCCUACGAAGCCUGUUAGGAGGGCUGCGUAUAGCACAGCUGCUGUUGGGUGCUGUCUGCUGGAUAACUUUAGCUGCACACAAGUAUGAAGGAGCAACCUACUUUGCAGUCUUUGCAGCAGUCCUGGUGUGGCUUCUUACCUUGGUUCUUUUUGGACUCAGUUUAUUGGGCCGAUGGGCUCUGAUUCCUGUGGUGGGGACCCGCUGGCUACUAACAAACAUUCUGCAUGACCUGUUGCUUGGAGUUAUUUUCUUCACGGCUUCUGCAGCCAUCAUAGGCUACAAGGCGCGGAGCAUCAGCUAUUGUACCCUGCGAGGUUACAGCCAGCCCUGCAGUUAUACUGCCUAUUUAGUCGCUGCUAUCUUUGCUGGUAAAACUGCCUUCCUGUACUUGCUCUCCGGACUCUACUGCUUGGUACGGCGUUUCCAGGGGCACCAUGAUAUCAUCUGAGAGAUGCAAGAAGCUCAAGAAGUACAGACUUUAUUCAAAUAGAUGGAUAAAGCUAGCAUACAAUUAGCCUAUAAAUCCCUUGCUCCAGAUGCUGUCACCUUCCUGAGGAAAACCUGAUGCAUAUCCUAUUUUUUCUGACAGUUAUGAAUGCUUUUACCUCCAGAUGUCUGAACUUUUCAUCCACAGAUGGACGCAUGCUGUCAUGAACCAGAAGCUAAAAAUGAUGCAUCUUAGGAGGAACACCUGGAAACCAGAUUGUGGAUUCAUUUCUCUGUCUCUCUCUUUCUUUCUCUUGUCUUCUUUCAUUUUGGCAGGAGGAUUUCUAUGGGUCUGGGAAGUUUUGACCUGAUCUGUACUUCCAAUAUAUCUGAUUGCUGUAGGAAGGUUUCGGUAUUAUCACCUUCUGGUAUACAAUAUUGGUUUUAUUAUUCAUGCUAUCCUGUUUGGACCUUAGAAAUGAAAUGUUCAGAUUUUAUACCAUAUGGGCUUCUUGAGAGUUUUUUGUUUGUUUGUUUGUUUUACACAGGAAUAUUCUGUUUUAAACAGAUAUUUAUACAUAAUUAUUUACUGUAAAUUUAAAAACUUUUGAAUACACCCGAUAGUAUUUGUAGCAUUAUUAUGGUAACGUGUUUUUCAGAAAACAGAGGGUUAAAGGCUCCUCCCAUUUUAACUGCACUCUCUAAUUGAAAGAGCUGAUUUUAAUUCCAGAUGUAUGUUAAUUAAAUUAAGAAAAAUAGUACAUGUUGAAUAUGCUCAGAAAUUAUUUUUCUGUAUGGGUACAGUACUGUUUAAUAUAUCCCAGAACUAAGCUCUGCCUCCAUGAAUGAAUUCCAAUCUUAAGGGUUUCAAUUCACAAAAGAAUCCCUGAAAUAAAACUUUGUCAUCUUGCCCAUAAA